CUGAAUCGAGCAAAUAAUGAAAUGGGACUGCGCACAGGAACCUCAGAUAAUUCCUGGAAGCCAGCCAUGCCGGCUGGUCACACGAACACCGUGGGUUACUGGUUCAACUGGAGGGUUUUGCUCUGUGCGAUCUGGGUCUUUGCAUCGUCGUGCUUUGCCUUGAUGCUUGUGAGGAAGUAUGAGGCUUUUUGCAGUCGAAGCAGCAGCAAUGGCGGCCGACAAACCCAGCGAGGGGCUGCGGGUGUUUUAUAUAGUGACGAGACCUGGACUCCAUGUCUGAAAGGAGUCCACCCGGCUUGGCUUCUGGCUUUUCGAGUCAUUGCCUUCUUCUUGCUUAUAGGAAUGUUAUGCGUGACCACUAUCAAAAGCGGCGCCAAAAUAUACUACUAUUACACUCAGUGGACUUCUGCGUUAGUCACCAUCUAUUUCGGGCUUGGUUCGUUGCUCUCUGCAUACGGAUGUUACAGGUACGAGAACAAAAUAAGUGAAUCUCACAAUGUGGAGAUAGAUUCAGAG